CGGAGCCCGGCGCAAUUAGCAUGCGAGGGCAGACUUGCUGUUGCCAAGGAACCACUCUCCUUAGCAGACCUUCAGCCUCACCGCCCCCCUCCCGGCCGCCUUCUCGCCCCAAUCUCAAUUCGCAUCCGAGAACCAGGAAGGAGAAGGAGGAAACACACCCAGGAUUGGCCUCCUGUGUUAGAAGCCUGGCAGCCGGUUCAGCUUCUCCGGCUUGGGCGCAGUAAAGAUGGGGAAAGAGGCGAGCAAAGGCUUCGGUCGACGCUCCUGAGCCGAGUCCGGGUCACAGUCUGGAGCAGGAGCCGCUGGCUUUGCAGAGACACUCGGUGCAAGUUGCGUGGAGGGAGCAGUGGCUGUGGACACUACUUUGCACGUGGAGUGGACCGAGGCGAAGUCCCUGCCCGCCCUCUCGCCCCUGGGCCACACCCGGACCUCCCUAGUGCGCAGGCUGGUUCGCCAAAGCUCUGUGGACAGCCAGGAUUCUCUCGAGGUAAAUGUUGAAGACACUGUCGAAAUGUUACCCAAGUCCCGGCGAGCACUCACCAUCCAAGAAAUCGCGGCCCUCGCCCGGUCCUCAUUGCACGGUAUUUCACAGGUGGUGAAGGAUCAUGUGACCAAGCCCACGGCCAUGGCUCAAGGCAGGGUGGCCCACCUCAUCGAGUGGAAGGGCUGGUGCAAGCCCAUGGACUCGCCGGUGGCUCUGGAAAGCACGUUCAACUCCUAUUCGGACCUCAGCGAAGGAGAGCAGGAGGCCAGGUUUGCUGCAGGUGUGGCCGAACAAUUUGCCAUUGCCGAAGCCAAGCUGAGGGCCUGGUCUUCGGUGGAUGGCGAUGAUUCCAACGACGAGUCCUAUGAUGAAGAUUUUGCCACUUCCACCGACACAACACAACCAGCUGAUGCCGCGAGCCAGCUGCCCCCCAGCACCCUGCUGAAGGGCUUCCUGCACAGCCGCUUGUGCCAGCUGAAUGCCCGCCAAGGCUCCUGCGACCCAGAGAGCGACUCCUCCCAGACCACCAUCUCUCCGGAGACCUUGUGCUCCAGCCUCUGCAGCCUGGAGGACAGCCUCCUCCUCAAGGAGCUGGGCUCGCCCUCAGAACUGGCCGCCAAGCUGCUGGGCUCCAUGUCGGGCGAGGAGGAGCUCCUCCUCUCCAAGUUGCCCCCACAGACAGCCGGGGAAUGUGCCUUCCGGAGCCUAGCACAGCUCGAGUGCCUGGACUCCAUGUACUCCAUGUCCUUCACCGAGUCCUGCCUCUCGCCCACCGAAGACGAGGACAUCCCCUGCAAGGACUACAAGGGUCACGAGGACAGCUGCCAGGUCCGGAGGAAAGUGUCCGAUGUGGCCUCUUCAGGCGUGGUCUCCCUGGACGACAACGAAGAGGAGGAGGAAGAGCAAGAGGAAGACACCGGCGAGCAGUGAGACCCGCUCUCGCCGCGGCAUGCUUCACCUGCCAUUUUUCUGUCCUGCUCCGUGGCAUCCGCCCUCGACCGUGCUCCGUGGCCCGCCUGUCGUCCUGGAGCAGGGGCUCCCCCUUCCUUCACCGGGUGGCGGCCUGGCUGUCCGCAGGGCAGGGGGAGGCGGGGUGGUAAGCUGACCAGCGCCCCCCUGCCCUGCCCUGCCCUCCUGCCUUCACCUCCACUGUGCCAUCUGAUCCAACCAUUGAAGCCUGAGGGGGGGCCUCUCCCACGCGUGGCUCCGUGGAUUUUGCCUGCUGCAUUUUCUCUCUCUCUCUCUCGUGGUCUGUUUCGUUUUCUUUGCAUGUCUUGAGGGUGGGGGUGGGGGUGGGGGAAGAAUCAAGCAAAGCGACAGAACAAAAGCAACAGCGGGGCAACGACAGCUGGGCAAACCCCCACGCCCGCCCGCCCGCCCCAAAUCUAGGGCCUGUUGGGAGCAUGCUGUGCUCUCCCCGACCUCAGUGCCCCCACCCAGGGUUGGUGCGGGGGGGGGGGAGAGAAGAGGCCCGUCUCAUGCUGUCCAAGUGGCAUGGCUAAACUGUGAUGACGACGACCCUUAAGACAAUUUAACUAAUAUAUAUAUCUAUAAAUAUAUAUGUAUAUCUCCGCGCCUGACCCCUUCCCCUUCCAACUUCUCCGGCUCGAGGUUGAAGGGCUGAAACAGAAUGUGGAAUGCAAUGGAUGCUUGAUUUGUUAUGCCUUUUUUAUAUAAAAAGAAAAAAAAGAAAAAAAAUCCACACUGGCCCAAAUGGACACUUCUCGGCUUUUACUGUCUUGAAUUUUAUACUAUGGACCCGCCAGGGAAAAGAAGGG